UGCAACGGAGAGCGAGUACAUAGCGGACCCCAAGUCGGCGGGCGUGAGUCAGUGCGUCAGCAGACACCUUUCGCGAUGGUCAACUAUCGACGAGUAGUGUAUGAGGUAGCGGCGUUGGGCGCGUUAUUGGCGCUCGCUGCGGCAGCUCCACUUAAUUCUGACUGUAAGGAAGAAUACAAUCAGAGUCAGAAUGGAACGGAAAAUUUUCGGGUUCACGUAAACGGGCUAGUCAUCGCCAUGAUGCCGGCCGAGUCGUUUGCCGAAUCAUUGUUGUCGGCGAUGCCCGACUUAGAAGAGCUGUUGGAGUCUGAAGGGAUUAAUCAGUUGCAACAACAAAAGCCGAAACCUCCGAUGGUCACCUCUCCGCCUAAGCCUGAAGAAAAACCUCAAACGGAGUCCGAAGUUUUGGCCACAUCUGAAAAUCCAAAGCCUACAGAAUCGGCGGCGCCUUUGAGCGAUGUCUCCAUAAAAUCAGAUACACCACACAAUAAAGAAGCGUCCGUAAAUAAACAAAAACGACCACAAAGGCUGAAAUCAAUGCUGGCUAGUUUGUUGCUGCCCCUGAUGCGUAAGAACAGACAUCACUAA